AUGGAUCGAACCCUCGCUCGUCCAAUCAUCAACCUCGCCAUCAAUCUCGCCCUUCGUUCAACGCAUCUCGUCAGCUGGCUCACCAAGCCCCUCCGCUCUCUGCCACGCAUGUGGUUCCCCGUGCUCGUCUUCUCCGCGUCCUACCUGUUGCUCGACGCUGUUGCGGCGCUGACCCUGUCACGCCUCAUCUACAUCUGCGUGCGCAACACCUUUCGGCAGCUGUGCACCUGCUUUCGUGCCCGCCUUCAAGCGCGGCUAUCAUCACGAUCAGCAGCGCUGCACGCAAACCUUCUGCUACUGGGAAGCAACACCUGGCCGAGUGGAGAGAGUAUCGUACCCAGCACGCAGUGGAACGGUGGCGGUAUUGGCGGUACCAAUCUUCCGGACAGCGCGGCGAGCAACAGCGGGACCAGUAGGGUACUAAGACCCUUCGCGCAUCGACUAGAGAGGAUAUCAACGGCAACGAAUACGACAAGAGCAGAAGCGAACGGCGAAACAAGUCCAACAACGGCAGCGCAGAGGAGGGACUGGAUCGCAGUGACCGACCCGCAGCGUCGAAUCGAGGUGCCCGUGUACCCGGAGAUCAGCAGCCUGGUCAACGUGCUGACGUACGAAGCGCUCGAUACGCGCGUCGGGCAUCGGCUUCGCACCUUUGCUCGUUGGGCAACUCGAUUCAUUCGCAUCAACGACGACAGCUCGGAUACUCAGCUCUGUUCACCAACAGUCUCAUCUCAGGGCACAACGCCACAACUCCUCCCAACAGAGACGACGACAAUGGCACCGCUGAUCUUCCACACGCUCCCGGAGGAGCUCAUAUCACACAUCCUUCUUCUCGCCGCCUGCCCGUCUCUCUCACCGCAUGAACCGCGGUCCUCGCCCACAUCGAUCCUCCUCCUCUCCCGCCGGUAUUACAACCUCAUCCUCCCGCGUCUCUACCACUCUGUCUCGUUGCACACGCCCUCAUCCUUCCGAUCAUUCCGCGUCACGCUUGCACUGCACAAUCCAUCCCUCGGGCGCUUCGUACGCAAGCUGCAGAUCGGUUCGUCGGAAUUCGACUCAUCGGGCUACUGCCCCUCUGCGCUCGCCGACCAUGGCCCGCUCAGCGUUGGGAUCGAACAGAUGCUACUUGCCUCUCCGCGACUCGAAGAGCUCAGUCUAGACCUGUUCAGCAUGGGCGCACUGCACACGGGCACCAUCGCACGGCUCGAAAAGGGUCCCCAACCAACACGACUCUGCACAGAGCUCACCACCAUCCCGUACUUGAGUUUGCCAACAUUCGAAGAUUUGCGCGAGCUAGAGUUGCUAGUGUUCGGAAUGGACGAUGCUACUGCGAGGGAGUUGAGGGUGACACUGCCGUUGUUGGAGAGGCUGGAGUUGAGAUUGGUGACGAGGAGAAGAGGGAGUGCGUUUAGGGAUGGACAGGAUACGUGGAGCCCAACACAGCUGCCCACGUUCGAUGAGGAGGAGGAUGGAGAUGUGGACGAAGAGGUUCAGGAGGAAGAUCGGAACACAGAAGCGGACAUUAGUAGAGGGAGGGAUGACGGGGAUGUAUUUCAGCUGGAGAGCGACAUGCAGGAGUUUAUCGAGGCACUGCAUUUGCUCAGGACUUGGCCGGGAGGUGACGAGCGGAUGGGGAAAACGCUGAAGGAGAUCACAGUUUUCGCUUGGCCAAGCGCCGUGAGGAGGUUGAGAAAGACAUUUGGAGAGGUACAAGUGCGGAGGAAUGGGGACGGGGCGGUGGAGACGCCGAUUCGGAUUGAGCUAGACAGAGGUUAUCUGCUCGGUCCGAGGCGAGGAGCGCACGUCUUGUGGCGCAAAGAUCGAGCGAGGGCAGCGUGGGCGACGUGA